AUGGCCUCUCGGAGAAUCACCCGCGAGACGUUCGAGGCCGUGGUGCAGGAUAAAGUUAAACGGUACCGCAUGGAGCGGAGCGAUGCCGCGGGGGACUCCAUGCAUCGUUUCAAAGCUCACUCCAGGCCUCUGCCCCGACCCCGCUACGACGAUGACGACGACGGGAGAUUGAGAUUCCCUCGCUCCAACUCCCAGCACCAGGACUGGAGCGAGGAUCCCAGGGAAGAUUAUCCCGUGGAAGAUUAUCCCGGGGAAAACUACCCCGGCCCUUCCUACCGACCCGCCAGCCCCCUGCUCCGUCAGGAGAAUUAUUUCCACGGACAGUUCCCCCGCCCCGCGCCCCGGGAGCGGGAAUUCGGCCGCGAUUACGGGCGCCCCGCUCCCCAAAACCGGGAGUUUGGGCGCGCGGCUGUUCCCGACAGGGAAUACGGGCAGCAGCCCGCUGCUCACGGCCGGGAGUACGGACAGCAAAACCGGGAAUUCGGGCGGGACAGGGAUUACGGGCGCGGGCAGGAUUACGGCCCCGCGGAUUGCUGGGAAGGCAGCGGGCCUCGCGAGCCCGAGUUCGGCUCCUCGGAGCUUUUAGGGGAUUUCAGGUCGCCCGGGUUGAUGGAGGAGGAGUUUGGCAGCGUGGAGAAUGAGGAAUACGAGGAGGAGCUCGCGGCGCCCGACGGCGAGUUCCGGCCGCUGCACAGGGGAGGUGUGGGCAGGGGCAGGGUCCUGAGGGGGAAGCGCCUCACCAGGGGGGUGGCGAAACCCAGAGCGUUCAAAGGAGACCUCAAAAGCCCCCUCAAGAAGUGGAACGUGAAGAAGGCACAGCCAGGCCCGGAUGCCAAAGCUCUGGAUCAGCCUCUGGACGUCGCCGAGCGCCCCGGCCAGAGGCCGGUGCCCCUCCAGCAGCACCCCAAGCUGCCCCCCUCACACCCUCUGGCAGCACCGAGACCCGUCCUCAGGCUGCCAAAACCCACCCACCUCUUCAGGAGCCUCAACUUCGACCUGGUGGAUAAAUCUGACAUUUUCUCCACCUUUGGCAUGGAGAUCAUCAAGUGGGCCGGGUUCCACGCCAUCAAGAACGACGCCGAGUUCUCGCGGCUCUUCGGGGCCCUCUUCGAGCUGGAGACUGAGACCUGUGCCAAGAUGUUGGCCUCCUUCAAGUGCUCCCUGAGGCCGGAGCACAGAGAUUACUGCUUCUUCACCAUCAAAAGCCUGCAGCACGCCGCCCUGAAAACCCCCAAGGUGGACAACGAGUUCUUGAACAUGCUGCUGGACAAGGGGGCCGUGAAAACCAAGAAUUGCUUCUUUGAGAUCAUCAAACCUUUUGACAAAUACAUCAUGAGGCUGCAGGACCGCCUCCUCAAGGGGGUGACCCCGCUGCUCAUGGCCUGCAACGCCUACGAGCUCAGCAUCAAAACCAACGGCUUUGGCAACCCCAGGGAAAUGGCCAAUGCCUUCGAGACCACCGUGUCCCUCUGCCGAAAAUCCCUGGCUCUGCUGGGCCAGACCUUUGCUCUGGCCUCUGUCUUCAGGCAGGAGAAAAUCCUGGAGGCUGUGGGGCUGCAGGAGAUGGCUCCGGCGCCGACGUCCUUCCCGAAUUUCGACGAUUCCACGCUGUUUGGGAGGGAGUACAUCGAGAAUUUGAAGGCUUGGCUGGAGAAGAGCGGGUACCCCAUCCAGAUGAAAAAGGCAGAGGCAGAAUCCACGGAGCAGCUCAAGGCAGCCUCCCCUGACACCAAAGCCCCCCAGCGAGCUGACAGGAAAGUGUUGGACGCCAUCGAGCGGCUGGUGAGCAGCGCCGCGGCGGGAGCGGCGUCUGCCACGGACGGCGGCGCUCGGAGGAGCCGGCCCGAGUAUUGGUUCCUUUCUGACGAGGAGAGCCUGGAGUACAAAUAUUACAAACUGAGGCUGUCAGAGGUGCAGAGGAAGAGUGUGGGUGAGGAAGGCUCAGCCCCAGAAUCCCUCAGAGCUCUGCUUUACGCCAGGAGAGUGGCCAGCAUCAAAAGGAGACUUUUCAAAAGGCAAAAAAAACCUGGAAUUUUCCAGGUGAGAUCCAGCAGAACCGGCAAGGUGAGGAGAGCGACGAGCGCUCGCGCUCUGCCGGCAGCUGGGAUGAAGCAAGGACAGAAAAAUCUUCCAGAUGCCGAGAUUUGCCUGCCAGGUGCCACCUCGGGCACCACCUCGGGUCCCCAGGGCGCCACCUCGGGUCCCCAGGGCGCCACCUCGGGUCCCCAGGGUGCCACCUCGGGUCCCCAGGGCGCCACCUCGGGUCCCCAGGGUGCCACCUCGGCACACGAGGUUUUCUUCCCUUUGGGGUCUCAGUUUGCUGCUGUGGAUGCCAAAACCAUGGAAACUGCAGAAAAAUUGGCCAAAUUUGUGGCUCAGGUAGGACCAGAAAUUGAACAAUUCAGCAUUGAGAACAGUGCAGAUAAUCCUGACCUCUGGUUCCUCCAGGACCAAACCAGCCCAGCCUUCAAAUUCUACAGAAUGAAAGUCUACGAGCUCUGCCCUUCCAUCACCUUCAACCCCAACUCUUCCCAAAACUCCAAAACCUCCGAGACAACCCCGGAGCUCUCCGAAGACGACGACGACGAAGACGAAGAACUGGAAACCUCCCAAGCUGCAGGAGACGAGGAUGAGGAUGAUGAGGACUUGGCAGCAGGUAGAAGGGUGACAAAGCUAGAGGAAGAUUUGGUUUCCAGAGCAGGAGAGGAAAUGUCAGGAGGUGACGGCGCUGUCCCAAAUCUGUCGACACAGGCACCGAGCCCGGCCCCCGGCGCGCCCUUUCCCCGAAAAAGGGUCAGCAGCAAAUCCCUCAAAGUGGGCAUGAUCCCGGCUUCCAAAAGGAUCUGCCUCAUAGAGGAGCCCAAAGUUCAUGAACCUGUCAGGAUUGCUUAUGACAGACCCCGGGGUUGUCCCAUCAUGAAGAAGAAAAAGCUGCAGAGGCCGCGGGGUCCGGAGCCGUUCCGGGGGGGGCCGAGCCCCGGGACCGGGGGGUCCCAACUGCUGCGGGGGAUGGGACGGCACCAGGGCCACGGCACCCGCCAGGCCCUGCGCCUGGGCGCCCCGGCGGCGGGGGAGGGGCUGGGCGUGGCCGAGGGGGAGGGGGAGGGGGACGCGUUCGACGUGUUCCGGCAGAGGAUGAUCCACAGGUACCGGCAGAGGAGGGCACGGGCACCUGCAGGAAAUUUAAAGAGCAUCCGGAUCCGGAGAAAGAGAGAAAGAAAGAGGAAGGGGGAGAGAGAGGCGGAGGCGGGGAUCGGCUCGGGUCGGGCGGGAUCGGGUCGGGUCGGGCGGGAUCGGCUCGGGUCGGGCGGGAUCGGCUCGGGUCGGGCGGGAUCGGCUCGGCUCGGCUCGGGCGGGAUCGGGUCGGGUCGCGUGCGAUCGGAUCGGAUCGGAUCGAAUCGGGUGCGAUCGGCUCGGCUCCGCUCGGCUCGGCUCGAAGGGUUCUUGUAG